AUGGGGGCGGACGAUGGUCGUCGCGACGACGACGGCUGGCAGUGCCGGCCGCUGGGGCUCCUGAUCGGCCUGCCGUUCGCCGCCCUCGCGUUAGUGCUCUCGCUCGCCGGCGCCGUCGUCUGGAUCCUCGGGUCGGCGCUGAGCUGCGUGUGCCCGUGCUGCGUGUGCUGCGCGGCGGUGGCGAACCUGGCGGUGGGCCUCGUCCAGAUGCCCGUCAAGGUCAUCCGCUGGUUCAUCAGGCAGAUCCCCUGCUAG